UCAUCAUCUUCCUCACUGUCUUCCAACUUGACAUGGUUCAUGUUCCUCUCUGGAGGAGGGAGCCCAUCAUCUUCAUCCUCCUCCUCAUCUUCUUCUUCACUGUCUUCCGAUAUGAUAUGGUUCAUGUUCCUCUCAAGAGGAGGGAGGCCAUCAUCAUCAUCAUCAUCCUCAGAUUCAUCACCUUUUUUCCUAACAUGUUCUUUGAGGGGAGCUGGUUGUUUUGAGAUCUGAGUUUGCUGAAAGAUUAAGGAGGAGGUGAAAGCAACAUUAUUUAUGGUGCAUCCGAGAAAAGCCAUAGGACCUGAUGCCCUGAAAUCCGUGGUUCAACCAGAGUCUCACCAAACCUCCCAAACCGACCAUCUAGGAGAAACCAGCGACCGAGGUUCAGUCCAAGGCGUAUAUCUCCACAACCAGAAUAACUUUCAACAUGAAACAAUUUUUAUUGGAUUCUACACUCACGAAGGAGUCCAGCAAAAUUGGAAUCGAGCCAAAAUAUUAAUGGAGCAAGAAGUUAUAAAUUUUACAAGUCACACGUUUCUCAGCCCGUCCAUCUGCGAGUACCCGACUUUAGAAGCAGAUUCAAGUCCAAGGAAGGAGCGGCCUGAACCAAAGCCCAUCAUAGGAUUCAAUAGGGAUCUCUCAUCUUUCCAACAAGCCCAAUAUCAGGAGAAAUGGCCACGGAAUUAUGAAGUUAUGAUCUAAUCUCCAAAACCGGCCAAACCAGUUCUACACUUGCCUCAAUUGGAAGCUAGCCGGUUCAAUCAGCUUCAAACAAGACAUUGGCGAUCAGGAGAUCAUUUCAACCAAUCAGGAGAUAUUCUAGGAGUCCAGGAGGAGUUCUGCAAGUUCAUACCAUGCACCAGCAACCAUUGGAUCAGGAGGAUCCUCAUUUACUUCAACUUGCCUUAUUUGGAGUCUCAAGCAUUAAAACUCCAACAGCUCUUUUUCCUUCAGAUUAGGCACGACCUCAGCACAUUCCAAACCAUCAAGAAGGUUCCCAGGAAUCUUAGUUAUCCCCUCAAACCGUCCAGAUACAAGGAGAACACCAUCUACAUUCAUUUGGCCAAGAUUCUCACCAUAAAGCCUCCAACAGCUAGUUUUCAUGGAGCCAUCAAUUCCUUUGCUUCCAAAUUUAUUAUUUCGAUUAUAUUUCUUUCCUUAUGUCAUUUUAUGACUGUUAGAGAGUCCCAAUAGUCGAGCCUAUAAAGCUCAAUUAUUUUGUCUUUGUAAAUCACCUUGAACUUUUAUGAAUAAAAAUACAGUUUUUCUAGUUUUGUCAAAACUAUUGUUCUAAGUCUUUUGAGUGUGUGAGAAACAGCUCCAGAGCAACCAAGCUUAUCAAAGAUCCCUUCCAUAGAUCUUUGUGGUGUCUAUCAAUCCAUUUCGUCCAUCCCAACCACUGGCCAAGCUUGAGAGAGUUACACAACCAGCAAGCAAAGCUCCAUCUCAUUCCACUUCAACCAUCAUUUGAUCAAGCUGAGAGUGUUACACAACCAGCAGCUUGAUUCCAUCCUAUCCUUUGUUUAUUUAUCUUGUUUAAUAUCAUUAUCAUCAUCAUCUCAUUAGUUUUCAUAAUUGUUUCUGUUUGCAUGAUAAAACUCUAAAAACUCAUAAAAAUCGGUUCUCUUUGUUUUCAGGUUUAAACCUUGGUUCCACCAUUCUAUCCAUUCGUGGGUUACCCCCCCCCCCCCCCCCCCUGUGCCUACAACAUUUUGGUAUCAGAGCUGAAGUUCCUGAAUCAGGUUAUAUCUAUCCUUGCAUCAUAUUUCAAUUUUUUGCAUUUGUUUCCAUUUAUAAAAAAAAAAAAAAAAAACAGUUUUUGCAUUGUUAUUGUUGUUCUUAAGAAAAGAAAACUAAAGAAGAAGGAGUUGUCUAGUUUGAUCCACGAAAUUCUUUUGAAAUACUUGUCUAGUUGUUUGCAUUCAUUCCCCCAGCUCCACUUGUCAUAUUUAGAUUUUGUGCAUUCAUUUAAAAAAAAAACUGCAUUUCCAUAUUUGUUUCUUGCAUUGAAAAGUUAAAAAAAAAAGAGCAUAGCAUUUUAUUAAUUUCGUGCAUACCAUAUUUUUUUCAUAAUUUUUUUUUAUUUGCAUUAAAAAAAAAUCAUUCAGAUUAGUUUAUAUCAUUUUGGGUUCAAGUAUACAUAUUUGUUUCCAUUUUCGGUUACUUGCAUAAGAAAAUUCAAAAAAAAAUCAGUGUUAGUUCUCUUUACAUAUUUUCUUUUCACUUGUGUUAAUUGUCAUUCCAUAUUGAUUCAUUUCGUUUUUGCAUUGAGAAAACCAAAAGAAAAAUUAUUUUAGCAUAGUUUAUUUCAUUUCGGUUCAUAAUUGCAAUUUUUUUUGUUUCAUUUUAGUUAGCUUGCAUUUUUGGUUCAUAUUUUGAUUCGACCAGAACUUUCCAUACCUUCACUUGAUCUUUGAGAGUGUUUUCAGGAAGCCAUGGUAGGAACUAGGAAAAACACACAGCCAAAGUCAGAUGGCCAAACAAAACCAACAGUUGACAGCUUUGCAAGAGAUCAAUGUCGGAUUGCUCAGUUGAGGAAAAGAAACAAGGCACGAGUCCAACGUCCACAGCAAGGAGAAAGGAGAUUUGGAGACGCACCAGAGGCUGUCUAUGUCGAGCCCAAGCCACCAGAUCCUUCAAGGAUCAAUCAACAUCCAACUUCUCAAACCCAUACUCAUCAUGUUGCUAAUUCUCGGUUUGAAUAUAACUCUUUUGCUGAUAAAGUUAAACUCUUUACAUUUUCAGGAAAAAGAGGUUAUCUAAUAUGGGAGAGGAACCUUGAUGAAUGGUUUCACUACAACAACAUCUUGAAGGAAGAAAGGCUUGCUUAUGCCAUUGAUCAACUUAGAGAUGAUGCCUUUAAAUGGUGGGUACAAGAAGAAGAUGAUAGAUGGUAUUACAAGGAGCCAACUAUCAAAACGUGGAGAGAUCUUAAGGAACUCAUGAGAUAUGAGUUUGCACCAAAGUAUACAAGUGCUGAAAUCCAGGAAAUAUACCCAAGGAGGUAUCCAACUCAUGGUUCCAAAGAAGCAAGAAAAGUUGUACCAAAAGAAGGCCAUAGAAGCUUGAUCCGCCAAGACCAGAUUCGGCCAAACCAGAGGCCCAUGGUUUUCUAUGAUCAAUACCAACCUUAUAAGGUCCCAAAGGCCAUGGAGAAGAAGAACCUUGUCAGCCAAGACACACUGGCCAGACACAAAGAAAAAUCAGACAAACCGAUUUUUCAAGAGAAGGCCAAGGUAAGUCCUAUACUUGAUAAAUUUGUUUAUAAAUCAUCUCCCACUGGUAUGAGUCACUUGUAUUUGUCCAAGGAUGUUAAGACAGGUCCUGAGGUUGAGAAAGACACGAUCUCCACAUCUUUGUUGGAAUCAAAAGUUGUCCAUGAUUUAAUUCUAAGAGACAAGGAGAUUGUAAACCAAAAGAAAGAAGAGCCAUCAAGCCAAUGUAAGUCUUCUAACUCUGAGGAUUUAAAAUAUCAGACAUGUUAUAGAUGUCAUAAGAAAGGACACUAUGCUGUAGUUUGUCCUACUAAGCAAGCAUUGAUAGAAACAUCACUAGAAAAGAAAACAGAAUUAUCUACUAAAAGUGAUAGUUUUAUUCAAUCUAAUUUAUUGGUUCCAAAUUCUUGCGUAAUGCACUUAUCUUUGUCAAAGGGUGAUGUAACAGGAACUAAGGAGCAUGAAUUAAAAGGAGAGGAGCCACCAGGCGCCACACCUAUGAUGGACAAGAAGAUGGUUCAAGACACGAUGCAGUCCAUGUUGCUUAAAGAAGCAAAACCAGUAAAUGAAGUAUCAUACCAAGGUAAGUGUCUAACACCACCUAGAGAUACUAGUACCUGACGUGUGUGUUCUUGAUGUAGGGAGUAAAAAUGAAAGCUAUCUGCUUACUGAAGUUCCACAGAAGGAACCAGACCAUAAGCUCAGUCAUGAACCUCCUCACAAGUGGAAACCAAAAUCUAAACAAUGGAUUGUUCAAAUUCCAAAACCUAUGGUAAGAUUCAUGUUAGCUCAGCAUGUUCUUAAUAUUUCCAUGAUAGAUAUAAUGCACUUGCUUUUUGUCCAGAGUGUUGAGACUAUUUCAGGUUGCCAAGAAGAAAGCUUCAAAGAAAUCCCACCAGAUUAUCUUACGUUGCUAGGAGAAUCAACUCCAAGGAAUAUCAGAAACGUGGCCACCAAAACUUUGAAAGACAAUCCACUCCAGAAGAUAAGAAAUGACCAUGUCAAGAGCAGAGGCAUGAUUCAUUCCUAUUUUCUCAAAGGAGAACCACUUGAUACACAAUCCAUUCCCAAACCGAAACAAUCCCAAAGUAAGGCUCUAGAAUCUCAAAAGAGAAUGAAAGCUGACUUGCCCUAUCUUGGUGCAGGUUAUAUAGUUUCGAGGUCGAAACCUUGUCAAGAGGGAGGGGAUGUUGUAGCCCUGAAAUCCGUGGUUCAACAAGAGUCUCACCAAACCUCCCAAACCGACAAUCUAGGAGGUACCAGCGACCGAGGUUCAGUCCAAGGCGUAUAUCUCCACAACCAGAAGUACUUUCAACAUGAAACCAAUUUUAUUGGAUUCUACACUCAAGAAGGAAUCCAUCCCAAUUGGAAUCGAGCCAAAAUAUUAACGGAGCAAGAAGUUAUAAAUUUUACAAGUCCAAAGUUUCUCAGCCCGUCCAUCUGCGAGUACCCGACUUUAGAAGCAGAUUCAAGUCCAAGGAAGGAGCGGCCUGAACCAAAGACCAUCAUAGGAUUCAAUAAGGAUCUCUCAUAUUUCCAACAAGCCCAAUAUCAGCAUAAAAUGCCACGUAAUUAUGAAGUUAUGAUCCAAUCUCCAAAACCGGCCAAACCAGUUCUACACUUGUCUCAAUUGGAAGCUAGCCGGUUCAAUCAGCUUCAAACCAGACAUUGGCGAUCAGGAGAUCAUUUCAACCAAUCAGGAGAUAUUCUAGGAGUCCAGGAGGAGUUCUGCAAGUUCAUACCAUGCACCAGGAACCAUUGGAUCAGGAGGAUCCUCAUUUACUUCAACUUGCCUUAUUUGGAGUCUCAAGCAUUAAAACACCAACAGCUCUUUUUCCUUCAGAUUAGGCACGACCUCAGCACAUUCCAAACCAUCAAGAAGGUUCCUAGGAAGCUUAUUUAUCCCCUCAAACCGUCCAGAUACAAGGAGAACACCAUCUACAUUCAUUUGGCCAAGAUUCUCACCAUAAAGCCUCCAACAUCUAGUUUUCAUGGAGCCAUCAAUUCCUUUGCUUCCAAGUUUAUUAUUUCGAUUUUAUUUAUUUCCUUAUGUCAUUUUAUGACUGUUAGAGAGUCCCAGUAGUCGAGCCUAUAAAGCUCAAUUAGUUUGUCUUUGUAAAUCACCUUGAACUUUUAUGAAUGAAAAUACAGUUUUUCUAGUUUUGUCAAAACUAUUGUUCUAAGUCUUUUGAGUGUGUGAGAAACAGCUCAAGAGAAACCAGGCUUAUCAAAGAUCACUUCCAUAGAUCUUUGUGGUGUCUAUCAAUCCAUUUCGUCCAUCCCAACCACUUGCCAAGCUUGAGAGAGUUACACAACCAGCAAGCAAAGCUCCAUCUCAUUCCACUUCAACCAUCAUUUGAUCAAGCUGAGAGUGUUACACAACCAGCAGCUUGAUUCCAUCCUAUCCUUUGUUUAUUUAUCUUGUUUUAUUAUCAUUAUCAUCAUCAUCUCAUUAGUUUUCAUAAUUGUUUCUGUUUGCAUGAUAAAACUCUAAAAACUUAUAAAAAUCGGUUCUCUUUGUUUUCAGGUUUAAACCUUGGUUCCACCAUUCUAUCUAUUCGUGAGUUCUGCAAGUUCAUACCAUGCACCAGGAACCAUUGGAUCAGGAGGAUCCUCAUUUACUUCAACUUGCCUUAUUUGGAGUCUCAAGCAUUAAAACACCAACAGCUCUUUUUCCUUCAGAUUAGGCACGACCUCAGCACAUUCCAAACCAUCAAGAAGGUUCCUAGGAAGCUUAUUUAUCCCCUCAAACCGUCCAGAUACAAGGAGAACACCAUCUACAUUCAUUUGGCCAAGAUUCUCACCAUAAAGCCUCCAACAGCUAGUUUUCAUGGAGCCAUCAAUUCCUUUGCUUCCAAGUUUAUUAUUUCGAUUUUAUUUAUUUCCUUAUGUCAUUUUAUGACUGUUAGAGAGUCCCAGUAGUCGAGCCUAUAAAGCUCAAUUAGUUUGUCUUUGUAAAUCACCUUGAACUUUUAUGAAUGAAAAUACAGUUUUUCUA